CGCGCGCACGCACCUUCAAGCGACUCGAGCCCGUGCCGUGGCUUAGUGACGAGCAGUCCCAGUCCAAUGCAAUGGUAUUCGUCAUAUGCAUCCGGGCUGUCAGGCUUAUCUGCUUACAAAAUGAGUCAAAAGCUAGUUUGGGUGGUUGAAACCGAGCUGGUUUAAAUGUCAGCGGCGCUUUCAGUUCAUGCCACAUUCCUGGAUCCUUCACCAGAACACAAGGUUUGGUUCAGGACUCGGGAGUUUUGACGGGCUGCUUUUGUUGAGGCAGGGCUUGGAAGAGCACAGGAAUUUUUGGAAUAUCAAAAAGCGGCUGGUGGAAAACUGCCGGAAACGCACAAGUCCAAGUCAUCUGGGAUUGGUAUCGUUCACAUGAUGGAUGUGAUUUCACCGUGCACAGAGAAAUGACACGGUCUGUCAUCCUGGAUUAACACGGACUCCGAGGUGGGAUUGUUAUACACGAAUGAACGUGGCAUUUGGGCAAACUCCUUUUGGCAGGAUGUUGACACCAUGAAGGAUUGGGAAUACUGACCAUAAUAUAACCAGAAAGAUUUCUGCCUACAUGCUCACAGCUUGCUGUGCAGAAUGGCAUCGACCGAGAGACUGUAUGAGGUUUGGAUGCUAUACUGCAAUAAGAAGGACCCAGACUACCUGAAACUCUGGUUGGAGAUCUUCAUCAACUCCUACGAGAGAUGCCUGGAUGUGGAUUUCGAGAAACCACCAACCAGGUUGGAAGAGACGCCACCCGUCAUGACGCUGUUACCUGAUAACAUCCUGCAGGUGUUACGUCUGCAGCUGCUGCAGUGUAUGCAGAAAGCAUCUGAGGGACUGGAGCCUGAGCAGCAGACGUUGGCGCUCCUGCUCCUCAAGUUCCUCAUCGUCAUCUGCAGGAACCUGUCAAAUGUGGAAGAGAUCGGCGCCUGUUCCUACAUAAACCACAUCAUCACCAUGACAACACUUUACAUCCAACAGUUGAAGAGUAAGACGAAAGAGAAGGAGCUGGCUGAUCAGACACAGGCCGAGGAGUUUGUCCGUCACGCUCUGGCCUUCUGUGAGAGUCUGUAUGAUCCCUAUCACAACUGGAGGCAUGCCAUUCACGGACAGCAGCUCAGUACUGUGGAGAGAAGCAGACAGAAGUUUAAAGCCGCACUGCUCACUGUAGAGUUUGUGCCCUUCUUCUACCAAUGUUUUCAGGAGAGUGAGCAUCUGAAGGACAGUCUUAAAUGUUUCCUUUUGCACCUGUUUGGAGCCAUUGUUGCGGGUGGACAGCGUAACGCCCUGCUGGCCAUCUCUCCGGCCACGAUGGAGGUGCUGCUGGGAGUGUUGGGUGCCGGCGAGUGUCUUAGCGGAGGUGGAGACGGAGAGGACUGGGACAGUGAGGCUCCUGACAGGAAGUCUCUGUUGACUCUGGGCUGUUUGAGAGAGGUAGUUCACCGGCUCCUGGCCAGCAGCUCCAAUCAGAGACAGGUGGAGAUCAGCUCUGUGCUGGAGAGCUACUUCAAACUGCUCAACUCGGACCCCGCUGCCACAGCGCAGGUCAAAGGUCGCCCGUCGCCGCCCCGCUCUCGGCACUGGGAGAGCCGCUUCGUGGGGUUACAGGUGAACAUGCUCGAAACCAUUCAGGACAUGUUUGAGUGCAGCGACCGCCCCGUCCUUCAGGCCAUCUUCCUCAACAGUAACUGUUUUGAGCAUCUGACCCGACUCCUGCAGAACAGUAAGCUGGUUAACGCUAGGUGCACAGCCGCAGACAAGGACCAGAAAGAUUUAACCAACAGGUUACUGACAGGAGAGAGUGAGAUUAAGGUGUUCCAAGGGAGGCUUGACUCUCUUGCCGUGGCAACGAUCAAAACUCUCACCACUGUGAUGCACAAGUCGCCUGCUGCAAAGGAAGUGUUUAAGGAGCGGAUUGGCUACACUCACCUGUAUGAGGUGUUGGUGUCACUGGGUCAACCGUCCAGACACCUGCUGAAGGAACUCAUGAACAUGGCUGUUGAGGGUGAGCAUUCGUCCGUGGGUCUCCUGGGCAUCAGUAAUGUGGAGCCUCUCCUGCUCCUGAUCCAGUGGCUUCCAGAGCUGGACUCUGCCGAGCUGCAGAUCUUCACUGCCGACUGGCUCCGGCACAUCUGCGGUCUGAACCGGCGGACGCGAGCCACCUGUGUCAACUCCUGCAUGACUCUGGUGGUGCUGUCGGCUCUGGAGAGACACGAGCGGCUGCACCGGGCCUGUGCUGAGAGUCUGGUGGGUCUGUUGGGAUCUUUAGGCAGCCAGUCGCUGAGUUCCUCUGAGCUCCAGAAUCUGCUGAAACUCCUGCGUCAGGACGAGCCGGGCGGCGCUCAUCCGUAUGUGGGACCGGUGCUGCGGGCGCUCCUGGGGAUGCUGCGCAAACAGGGCCUGGAGAGCGCCAUGCAAUACUUUGAUCUGUCACCGCCCAUGGCUGGCAUUGCCGUGCCGACCAUGCUCCGUUGGCCAGGCUCCGCCUUCAGCUUCUUUGCUUGGCUGUCAUUGGACCAAGAUCAGCUGGGCCCGCCCAGUAAAGGAGAGAAGAGGAAGCAGCUGUAUAGUGUCGUUUUGCAUGUACAGGCAUGUAGGAACCCAAUUUGUCUGGAUUUGUCUCCUAAUCUGCUCCACGGUCGCCUGACAGGAAAUAAAGUGGUCAACUGGGAUAUCAAAGACAUGAUCAACUGUGUUGGAGGGCUUCCUGUGUUGCUCCCAGUCUUGGAACAGUUGACUUUGUUAACCCCUGAUUUGCAUCACGUGGACCCCUCGGGGUCAGAGUUCAUCACCCCUGACUCAGCCACACCUGCUGAUGGAGACUGGGUCAUACUGCCCUCAAACAGAGCGUCAGAGGCCAGAUUGGAGAAGAAUCUGGUGGCGACGUUCUUGCUGGUGAUCAAGCACUUCCUGCAGAGACAUCCCAUAAACCAGGAAACCCUUCUGCACUCCCACGCUGUGGCCACGCUAGGAGCUCUGCUGCAGAAGCUGCCGGCGUUCCUGGUGGACGUGAGCGUGCUGGUGGCGGUUCAGCUGUUGAUCGAGCAGAUGACGCAUGAGAAGAACUCGCAGCUCCUGCAGCAGCUCCACACACACCUGCUCUUCAACUUCAACAUCUGGAACCAAGGAGAUUUCCCUCUGCGCAUCGGUCACAUCCAGUACAUGUCCACCGUCAUCAAAGACAGCAGGAAGCAGUUCAGGAAGAAAUAUGGAGUGCAGUUCCUGCUGGACACAGUUCGGCUUUACUAUGGUUCUGGAAGUAAAGAUGCGGAUCUGAGUGAAGACGACAUCAAGACAAUCAGAGCUUCUCUCUGUGGCCUUCUGAAGUAUUACAUCAGCAAGGGAACCACCCAAGAAGAGAUCCAGAGCAUUCUGGGAUACAUCGCUGCCAUUGGAGAUGAGGAGCAGCUGUGUGGGAUGCUGGAGCUGCUGCUGACUCUGUUGCAGACCAGCGCGGCGCGGGACCAGCUCUUCCUGCUGCUGUUUGAACCGGGAGCGGUCGACUCCUGCUACGCUCUUCUGCUCAACAACAAACACUCCGAACGCUUCCGAGAGCUCGUCUUCAAGCUGUUUGAGCAGAUGCUGAAGUGUGACCGUGUGUAUGAGAAGAGCAAGCAGAGGUUGCGCUUGAGGGACGUGGGAUACUCGGGCCUCAGUCUGCUGUUCUCUGACCUGCACCUCACCUCCACCCUCAUCAAGUGCCUCCUUCACCAAGUGCUGUCUACUGAUACUGUUAUAAACUAUAAAGAUCUGAUGGAUGUGGUUCUGUUGACCCAUAAGGCCAGCCCCAGCGUUCGCCUGACUGUAUGCAAGAGGCUGUAUGCACUGCUGCAGUCUCAGCAGGAUGCAGCGCAGCAGAUCUCCAGGCAGACGUGUUGGCAGGGCACUCUAAUGAGUCUGUUUGUCCGGAGCCCUGGGAGCGACGGAGGUUCUGGUUCAGGCCGAGGUGACGCCAGCAGCCUGGGGAGUUUGGAGCUGAGCCGCAGCAGCGGAGGAAACCGUCUGGAGCCUCCUCUGGAGCGCAGGCCUCUGGAAGACAGGCUUGAGGAGCGAGACAGCGCCUCAGACAGCAGGUCCAUAGACAGCCUGGACAACGGAGAGCUGAUGUCCCUAUCUGAAACACCAGGGGAUGCACCCACACCCAAAACCUGGGGCGGGAAAACUGGGGUCUUGACUUUGGAUCUGUCCCAGCUGCGUCUGUUUGAUCACGGGGACAGCGGCAGUCAGACUCCGGGCAGCAUGCAGAGCACACCGUCUCCUCUGGAGAACACAAAGCCCUUCCCAGGAGCUUCCUCUCUGAAUGAUGACAGCUUCCUGUUUAGUGACAAUGUGUCCCUGGGAGAGUCUUUUAACAGUGAGCGUGCGGAGGAGGAGUUGUCCCGUCUGCUGUUGGAGAUGGUGUUGUGUGUCAUGUGGAGAGGGGUGGAGGGGUCAGAUGACGCCGCCUGGUUGGAGAGGGGGCAGGUGUUCUCCGCUCUCACCAAACUGGGCACUGCCAACGAGUUGCUGCUGCCCGUCGACCACAUCAAACUCAGUCUGAUGGAGAGGAUGCUGGAAUUGGCCGUAACGGAUAACCGAGAGGCGACGACGGCCACGCUGCCGCAGCACACGGAGAACGCGGUGCGUCUUCUGCACGUGGUGCAGGACUUCCUGCAGGCUGAGGGGCUGGUGAAUCCCGCUCUGUGGACUGAGAAGGUUCUGGAAGAGAUGGUGACUCUGAUGGACGGGCUGAUGGUGUGGUACGCCUCUGGGACGCAGUGGCUCCAGCUGUCUCAGGUGGGACUACGGCUGCUGUUUGGGUUCAUGGCACAGGAAGACCCACAGGUGUGUGCCAUGGCUACGGCCAAACUGAAUGGCAUCCUGCAGACGAAGACGGUGGACUCUCAGGACGAGGCCUGUUAUCUUCUGGGCCGUGUGGAGGAAAUCCUCAGGCGCUCUGUGAGCGAGGAGCGGACAGGGGAGACCUACUCGUUUUUAGUGCCUCUCCUCCGUACCCUCCUGUCUAAAGUCCACAAGCUCCUGUACAUGGAGCUGCACCUCCCUUCGCUCCCCGACAGCAACGGGAGCCCGUCCUUCUUCGAGGACUUCCAGCUGUACUGCAGCUCCCCGGAGUGGAGGGUCUAUUUGGAUAAAUAUAUUAUUCCCUACAUGAAGCAAUAUGAGCUCGAGACGUUCAGUCAGGGUCAUGAGAACAUGGCUCUCUACUGGAAGGACUGUUAUGAGGCGUUCAUGCUCAAACUGCACCGCAGGGAGCGAGAGAGAGGAGAGAGCAAGACACGCUUUCAGGAGCAGUUUGUGGAACCGUUCAGUCGCCGAGGGCGUCAGGAGAACCUGAGGUACAACAGCAUGCUGAAACAGAUCCACACGCAGAACAGCGCCAUCCUCAGGCAGUGGAGAGCGGUGCGCAGAGGACUCUUCUGUGAGAGAGGACCCUGGGUGGACAAGCAGCAGAAGGACAUACACUGGAAGCUCUCUAGCGCUGAGAACUACUCUCGUAUGAGACUCAAACUGGUGUGGAAUUACAACUUUGAUCCUCACAGAGAAGCCAGUGCCUUGAGAGACAACCUAGGUGUGCAGCACAAGCAGGUAAACGCUGAGUCGCUGUUGUUAGAGGCGGUCAAACAGGUGAAGGUCAGUGAUCUGGAGGAUGACAUCCUGGAGCCCCUGGAGGAGGAUCCUGCUUCGGCCAAUCAGGCUGAUUCAGAAGAGCCGGGUCAGAAGGAGAAGCUGGUGAUCUCUGAGGACUGUGAGCUGGUCACGGUGGUGGAUGUCUAUCCGGGUCGUCUGGAGCUCACCACACAACACAUCUACUUCUACGACAGCAGCACGGAGAAAGAGGAAGGUGUUGGUCAGGACUUCAAAUGGCCUCUGUCUCAGAUCAGAGAGAUUCACCUGCGCAGGUACAACCUCCGGCGCUCGGCUCUGGAGAUCUUCCUCAUCGACCAGACCAACUACUUCCUGAACUUCAAGAAGGAGGUGCGUAAUAAAGUGUACAGCCGGAUGCUGCUGCUGCUGCAUUCUCUCUCUCUGCAUGCCACUCACUCGCCGCAGGAGCUGCUGGAAGCCUCUGGACUCACACAGAAAUGGGUGAACCGGGAGAUCUCAAACUUUGACUACCUGAUGCAGUUGAACACCAUAGCAGGACGGACGUAUAAUGAUCUGGCUCAGUAUCCUGUGUUCCCCUGGAUCCUGUCAGAUUAUACGUCUGAGGAGCUGGAUCUGUCUGAUCCGCGGGUGUUCAGAGAUCUCUCCAAACCUGUGGCCGUGCUGAACGAGAGGAACGCAAAAGCCGUCAGAGAGAAAUAUGAGAGUUUUGAAGACCCCACUGGCACCAUAGACCGUUUCCACUAUGGCACGCACUACUCGAACGCCGCUGGAGUCAUGCAUUACCUCAUUCGAGUCGAACCCUUCACAUCCCUGCACAUCCAGCUGCAGAGCGGCAGGUUUGACUGUGCUGACCGUCAGUUUCACUCUAUUCCUGCUACCUGGCAAACCCUCAUGGACAAUCCCAACGACGUCAAAGAGCUCAUCCCAGAAUUCUUCUACUUCCCAGAGUUCUUGGAGAACCAGGACGGAUUUGACCUGGGUCGCUUACAGAUCUCUAAAGAGAGGGUAAAUGAUGUCAUCCUGCCUAAAUGGGCCAAAUCCCCCGAGGAUUUCAUCUACAAGCACCGCAAAGCCCUGGAAUCCGAGUAUGUGUCGGCCCACCUGCAUGAAUGGAUCGAUCUGAUCUUUGGCUAUAAACAGAGGGGCCCGGCUGCAGUGGAGGCCCUUAAUGUCUUCUACUACUGCACAUAUGAAGGGGCUGUUGAUCUGGAUGCCAUCACAGAUGAGAAAGAGAGGAAGGCUCUAGAAGGCAUGAUCAGUAAUUUUGGACAGACACCGUGCCAGUUACUGAAGGAGCCCCAUCCCGUGCGUCUCUCUCUGGAGGAGCUGGAGAAGAGGAGAACCCGUCUGGACUCCUGUCCUCUCAACAUAUUCGAGCACCUCACUGAGCUCAAAUCCUUCUUCAUUGAGGGCAUCAGUGAUAAUGUGCCACUGGUUAAAGCUGUUGUCCCUAAGAACCAAUCCCAUUCUUUUAUCUCACAGGGGAGUCCAGAUACUCUGGUAACUCUGAGCCAGAACUGCUUGAUGGGAACUCACGGCUGGCUGCCCUAUGACAAAAACAUAUCCAACUACUUCACCUUCAUCAAAGACCCCACCGUGGCUGGUGUAAAGACUCAGAGGUUUCUAGCAGGGCCGUUCUCUCCAGGGGUUGAAGUCACUGCUCAGCUGUUUGUUGUGUCUCAUGACGGGAAGUUGCUCUUCAGUGGAGGCCACUGGGACAACAGUCUGAGAGUGACAUCACUCGUCAAGGGCAGAACAGUGGGGCAGCACAUCCGACAUAUGGACAUCGUAACGUGCCUGGCCACAGAUCACUUUGGGAUUCACCUGAUCUCUGGCUCUAGAGACACCACCUGUAUGGUGUGGCAGGUGCUACAGCAGGGAGGAGCUCCAGUCGGUCUGUCCCAUAAGCCAGUGCAGGUGUUGUACGGACACACAGAUGAAGUUGUGAGUGUGUCUAUCAGUACAGAGCUGGACAUGGCAGUUUCUGGAUCACGGGAUGGGACGGUGAUCAUUCACACUGUUCGCAGGGGUCAGUACAUGCGCUCUCUGCGGCCGCCGUGUGAGAGCUCUCUGCCCGUGUCCAUCAUGCACCUGGCUGUGUCCUGGGAGGGACAUCUAGUGGUGCACACCUGUGUCGAGGGCAAAGCCACACUGAAGGAUAAGAACACCUUGCACCUGUACUCUGUGAACGGGAAGCACCUGUGCAGCGCUCCUCUGAAGGAGCAGGUGACAGAUAUGUGUGUCUCGGGAGAGCAUGUGGUCAUUGGCAGCGAGCAGGGGUUCCUGUCUGUCAGAGACCUAUACAGCCUGGCUCUGUGUGUGUCACCGAUGGCGAUGCGGUUGCCCAUCCGCUGUGUGUCUGUGACCAAGGAGCAGUCUCACGUUCUGGUGGGCCUCGAUGACGGCAAGCUGAUCGUGGUGGGCGUCGGGAAACCCGCCGAGGUAAAAAACUCCUUCAGGAACUACAUCACCCAGAGGAUGGAGGGCUCGCCUCUCAUGAACACACUGCGUGUGCGAUCGCCCGCACGCCUGCUGCAUCUCAGAGACCAGAACACGUUCAGCCCCGACAUCAUCUGAGAGGAAUUCAUAUGUCAAGUUCAGAUGCGUAAAGUUCACACCUUUACCUGGCUAUCUUAGAAAUCCAAACCCAAAACCAUUACUCU